CAGUUACUAUCUGUAUCAUCGGAGUGUCGCUCGCCAACGAAAAUCCAUCCCGCUCUCGUCCUCACAGAUUUCGUUUGGUAUGGCUGCCACCGUCAAGUUCGAUACGAGAAUGAAUGGCCGACCUCCAAGCGAUCCAAGUGCCUACCUUCUUUUGGUUGGGUGUCAAGCCAUUCCACCGGGUUCCAAGGAGUCUACCAAUCUGCCCAAAGGUAGCGCUUGGAUUUUGCUUUACAACCUUCUUCCGGUUGGCCUUGCAGAAGAACAUAUAAGGAGCCAAUGGACGCUUUGGUCCAGGCCUUGUGUACCUCGAGCGCUUAUAGGUACUGCUACCGCUCGCUCCUUUGAUCGCUGUUGCAUCCACAGAGGUUUCCAGACAGUCUCAAGAUCCAUUCCUAUCUACUUGGUCGAUCUCACGAUCAAGCUGAAACUUACACAUUCUUUCUUUCGCUGCUCCAAAGAAACUACAGCACUGAAACUUACACUGGCGAGCGAGUAUCAAGUGUUCACAACGGUGUGGAAACGCCGCGGACCCCUUGGACUACGUGGAAGACACCUGGCAAUGUUUACACGUGUUUUUUUAUCAAUCGUCCACGUGCCCUUCGUUCUUGCUUGGCUAAAAAUAGCCGAGAAAUGCUAAGGAUUUAGGUCACAAUAUAGGGCUUAUAAUGUAAAAUACGCGCUCUCUCCCGCGCGAUCGAUCGAUCGGUCGAAGCGAGCGACGGCGCAUCGCGCGGCUCGAUCGGGUCGGACCAGCUACAAGCUAGGGGGCGGUUAUGGUAGCUUUCGGGAAGAAGCUGCGAGAGCAGCGGGUUUCGGAAUGGAAAGACUACUACAUUUCUUACAAGAUGAUGAAGAAAAAGGUGAAGUACUAUUCGCAGCACGGUGAUUUCAACACCAGGGAAGACCGACAGCGAGUUCUCAAGGAGUUUUCGUCCAUGCUUGAUCGUCAGAUCGAGAAGAUUGUUCUCUUCCUCAUCGUGAGGCAAGGAGACUUGGCUGAGAGGCUGAGAAAGCUGGGAGCCGAGAGAGAAAGGUGUGAGAAAGAACAACCAGCGGAUUUGGAUUGGAGAGACAGGUUUCGCGACGCUUAUAAUGAUGUUGGAAAGGAUCUGCUCAAGCUGCUCUACUUUGUGGAAGUGAACGCCAUCGGCUUGAGAAAGAUUCUCAAGAAAUUUGAUAAGCACAUUGGGUACAGGCUGACGGAUUACUACGUCUCCAGCCGCUCCAAUCAUCCAUACUCGCAGCUGCAACAAGUUUUCAAACACGUGGGAAUCGGAGCAAUGGUUGGAGCUCUGACACGAAACCUUUCAGAGUUGGAGGAACAUAGAAAGUCUUUGACUUCCAUUUACGACUAUCCUGAUGUUCCAGCUCGAUUACCGAUUGUUGAGUCGAUAAAAGCAGCACAAGAAAGAUUGACAAAUUCCACGAACUUCCUUCAGUUCCUUGGACAGCAUGCAAUGCUCAUGAAAGAUGAGUUUCCUAGAGCUCCCGGUGAAGAGGACGUUCAGGAAGAGCAGUACCAUUUGAUGUCUCUUAUCCUCAACCUCGCGAACACAUUCUUGUACAUGGUGAACACGUACAUCAUCGUUCCAACGGCUGACAAGUAUGCCCUGAGCAUGGGUGCUGCGCCAACACUGUGCGGAGUUAUAAUCGGAGCAAUGGCUGUAGCUCAGCUGGUAUCCUCUGUGUAUUUCAGUGCAUGGUCGAACACCUCUUACUUUCGGCCUCUCAUAUUCAGUAGUGUGAUGCUCUUCAUGGGGAACUUGCUCUAUGCAAUUGCUUACGACUGCAAUUCGCUUAGUCUCUUGCUGGUUGGACGUCUUCUUUGUGGGCUGGGUUCUGCUAGAGCGGUAAACAGGCGGUAUAUCAGCGACUGCGUGCCUCUAAAAUCACGCCUGCAAGCUUCGGCAGGAUUUGUGAGUGCGAGUGCCUUGGGGAUGGCAGCAGGUCCAGCUCUAGCAGGAGUUCUGGAGUUCAACAAGAAGUUCGUGGGAAUGACGUUUAAUGCCAACACACUGCCUGGGUGGGCGAUGGCUAUCUGCUGGAUUCUCUACUUGGCGUGGUUAUCGGUUUCUUUCAAAGAACCUGCACGUCCAAUCGAGGUUGACGGAUCAACAAGCGGCAGGCAGUCGAGGCUGGCUAUUGAUAACGGUUUUGCCAAUGGAAAGCAUAAAGAACAAAGUGAUGCCGAGGAGGGAAUGCUGCAACCUCUGAAUUCUAGCUACGACUCCAGAGAGGAAACGGAAAUAGAGGACGAAAAUGAUGUGGAAGGAGAAAGAGAAGAGGAUGACGCCUCUGAAGACAAUUCCAAGCAGCCAGCGAAUUCCAUCAGAGAAGCGUACAAUCUCCUCACACUCCCAGUCAAGGUGCAACUGCUCAUAUAUUUCAUGCUCAAGUACGCUGUGGAGGUUUUGAUAUCAGAAUCAAGUGUUGUCACGUCAUUCUACUUCCACUGGGACGUGAGAAACGUGGCCAUUUUCCUCGCCUUGCUGGGUCUUACGGUGUUGCCAGUGAACGCAGUCGUCGGGAGCUGCUUGAGCAACAUCUUCGAGGAUCGGCAAAUACUUCUAGCGGCGGAGAUACUCACCUGCGUGGGAGUGCUGGUCAGCUUCUCCGGGCCAUUCCACUACACAAUUGUACAGUACAUCGCGGGAGCGGUGCUUAUCUUUGUCUCGGCCGAGGUCCUCGAAGGUGUGAACUUGUCGCUGCUGUCCAAGGUGAUGUCAUCGAGGCUCGCCCGAGGGACUUUUAACGGCGGGCUGCUGUCGACGGAGGCCGGGACACUGGCCCGUGUUAUUGCGGAUGGAACCAUAACUGUGGCGGGGUAUUUGCGAGAAGACAAGCUCCUCAAUGCAACGCUCUUCCCAACGUUUGUCAUCGGUAUCGUGUCUGUGGUAGCUACGCUCUUCACCUACAACUCCAUGUUUUGAGAAGUAAAAGCUCUCUCCCGGGAGGAGCGAGCGGGAGAUUUUUUUUUUUUUGUUACAGUGAGCGUCACAAGAAAGAAAAGAAAAGAAAAACCAAGGAAAGAAAGUAUCCAAAAUGCCCAAGCGCGGAAUUUGCUACCAAAUUGGACAAAAAGAAGAAACGUUUGUAGAGAAAGACUGGAAGAAUAGCGAAAGAGUUUGAAGCUUUCUUUUGUCAUGGUAAGUAUCACCUGGAAGACCAUUAAAGUUCCCACUCUUUCCAAUUCUCGAGU